CUCAGUAAAGAAAAAGAAUUUCGAAAAAAGCUCUUUAUCAGUUUGAAGCCUGGCCUCUGGCGCACAUCCCAUGUAAACGUUUUGGCACUAGAUCCUUUGGGAAAGCUUGAAUUAGGGCAACAAAGUUUGAUGCACGCUUUCAACACGUACCGGUUGAAUAAGAUCUAAAAGUAUUUCGUGACGUUGUUGAUAUUCAAGGAAAAAGAGUAUGAGGAUGAAUACAAUCAAUAAAACUUAAAAAAGAGUAUCAAUUUUCAUUUUUUGGAUCAACAAAAAAAGAUACUUUUGAUUACCAAAUUUUUCAGCAUGCAUCUCAUACUUUUAUUUCUCAACAAAGUAUAAUGUACAACACAAACAUAUUCAUUGAGAUUUUAACCAAAUGAACAGUAAAACUCUGCUAACUUUCUUGGGACACCCUUUUGCUUUUCGUUUGCGUAAUGAUUGAAUACAUGUUAUAUCGCUAAGUUGAUACAAGUUAAAUAAAAUUGCUAAUUCAACAGAAUGCUUGCACGAAUAUACUAAUAAUGGUACAACAAGCCAACAGGAUUGUUGCCAUACCAGAAAACUAUUGAAUGUAUCGGUGGCUAGGUAUUUAUCGGUCUCAUCGGUGGCUUAUAUUUAUUAUCUUUAUUUGGUGAUCAUUUGUAUCUAAAUUUGUUUGGUGAUCAAAAGUACAUUUAUGCUUUUAAACAGAAAUCAUUUCUAACUGAGAUUUCCAAAGAAUAAUUUUUUCAAAUGUACUCAGGUAUACGUUAUUCAUUAUACGUUAUUUUCACGGUGAUAAAGAAUAUUUAGAGGCAAGUAACAACAUUAAGGUAAGAAAUCUGUCAGAAUAUCGCUGAGUCUUUUCAGUUAUGUCUUCUGAAGUAAAUGUACUUGAGACAAACUAUGGAGUUACUUGAAAACUUUAACAAUGCUUGAUCAAGAACGUGUCAAGUGUCUCAGGAUAUAAGUCCCCCCCCCUCCUUCGUGUCAGAAAUGAUGAUUUUUUUCUUGAAAACUAGCGAUUUUGAGAAAAAGUGUAUGGCUAUAUAACCCCAAGUGUCCUCUUUCAAAUGCACUAAUUUUUAUUCUCUAGAAACAGAUUUUAGUGGAGUCUAACGAAGCUUUCUGGAAGCUCCUACAGGGACAAAACUUCAAAUUUUCAUAUUUUCGACUGUUUUUAUAUUGUUGUAUGUUUUCGGUCUUGUUAAAAUCAACGAGAUAUGCGUGCGUAUAUGCCAUAUACACACAUACUCGUGUAUGCAUCUUUUUUCGAAUGCAGGUACUAAAUAAAUAGUGCAAUGCAACCAGAUCAACUUUUCCAUAUAUAAUAUUAUUUUCUGAGACGUACGUACUUCGUUUCAAUUACAACUUCGCGCGGAAAAAAUUAUUUUUGAUGAGAUGAAUUUUCUUUAAAACUCAAUGAUGAUAAGUGUAAUGUGUUAGACGUUAAUCAUAAAGAUAUAAAAUAGAAUUUGAUUGAAAUACGGAGGGGGAUAGUUUUAUUACUAAUGAUAAUAAUUAGUAAGAUAGAACUUUCUAUUAUUCCUGAACAAAAAAUUCUAUUUUUUCAGUUAACUAAUCUUUAUUAUCCAUUUUAGAAAGACACAAACAUACACUUAAACAAUCUCAAUCAAAACUGGUACAAUUAAAUCGUACAGAACAAAUUUUUUAUAAUAUAAAUUCAACUGAUAAUGAUGUGGAUAGUAUCAGUUUAAUGAAAGUACAUGGUUGUAUUAUGAUAGUCACAUGGAUUGUAAUUGUAUCAACUGGUAUAUUAAUUGCUCGUUAUUUUAAAAUAUCAUUUGUAAAUAAAAAAUUAUGCGGUGAAGCCGUUUGGUUUUCUUUACAUCGUGCAUUUAUGUCUUGUGCAGCCGUAUUAACUGUUUUAGGAUUUUUAUUUAUAUUAGUUCAUAACAAAGGUACGUGGGUUGAAUAUCAACCAAACUCAAAAGAAUAUGCUCACUCAAUUGUUGGUGUUAUUGUUGUUGGUCUUGCAUUUUUUCAACCAUUUUUGGCUUCAUUUCGUUGCCAUACUGAUAGUCGUUACCGUUUUAUUUUCAAGUAUUUACAUGGUUUUAUUGGCAUCACAUCAUUUGUUUUAUCAAUUGCUGCCAUGUUUUUAGCUGUUUUAUUUACAGGCUUUUCGUUUAAACCAAGUAGCAUUGGUUGGGGAAUAUUAAGUGGUUGGUCAUGUUGGAUUGUUAUUGUAUUUCUUCUUUACGAAGGUAUUGAGAUUUAUUUCAAAAGCAGAAACACUGGACCAUAUUCAGCGGAUAGUGAUAGUGGAUCACUCAUUGUCAACGAUACGGUAAUAAUAAAUUCAUUAAAAGAAAAAAUCAAAAUGUUUCUAUUAUUUGCACAUAUAUUAGUUGCAUUAGCACUCUCAUUAACAUUGGUUAUAGAACUAGGACUAAUGACAUUCUCAUAG